AUGCCGGCCUACAAAGAUAUGCUGGUGUUUGCAGCACUCUUUGUCAUCUUGGGAUUGGCCCAUUGUCAAAAAUUGCCAAGUUUUGAUCUCCUGGAGGAGUUUCGUGUGCCUGAGUCGAGAGGAGUGAAGAGGGUGGAUGGCUCUCAACCAGAGGCAGUGGCCUACCGCGUCAACCCCUCCAUCCAUCUACGGAAGACCAUGAGUGAUGUGUAUCCCGAUGGACUUCCCUCCGACUACUCAGUCAUUGCAACAUUUAAGGUGACCAAGGACACUGCCAAGAAAUCCUGGAACUUGUGGCAGGUCAGCGACCCUGAGGGGCGAGACCAAGUUGGCCUGCGUUUCCAAGGUGACACGCGCUCUUUAGACUUCUUCUACACCAGCCCCCAUGGGAGCCAGAUGCUGAGGACCUUCCAUGGUGUGGAAAAAUUGUUUGAUGGAGAGUGGCACAAGUUGGCGCUGAGUGUUAAAGGCAGGCAGGUGAAGCUGCUGAUAGACUGUGAAGAGGUCAGCGUGGAGUCCAUUGACGAGUCAAGGCCAGUCAUCCGCCGAGGGUACACCUCCAUCGUCAAGCGUGCGGCAGGAGAUCGUUCUGUGUCUGUGGACCUCCAGCAGAUGGAUGUGUCAUGUGACCCAGAGCAGGCUUACUCAGAAGGCUGCUGUGAACUCUCCAGUGUGUGUGGGGGAUAUGCAGAGAUCGGUCUAACAGCUGGAAGAGCAUCUUGCAAAUGUAUGCACGGACAACCAGGCAUUCAGGGACGUCCCGGGCCAAAGGGUCACAGAGGUCUUCCAGGAGAACCUGGAGACCCAGGAAGACAAGGAAACUGGGGGAUCAGGGGAAACACGGGAGACUAUGGCAACAUUGGCGAGACAGGCCCAAAGGGUGAAAAAGGAAUCAAAGGCGAGAAAGGAAUGAGAGGACUCUGGGGCCAAGCGGGAGACAGAGGUCCUAAGGGGCUGAAAGGAUUAAAAGGGGCAGCAGGCUUCAAGGGAGUUCGUGGACCACCUGGAGAUAUUGGAGAGACUGGGAAAGCAGGAGAAGUUGGCAGCAAAGGUGAAAGAGGAUUUGAAGGGAUUCCCGGGUUUCAAGGAGUUAAGGGAGCAAAAGGGACUGCUGGGGUAAAGGGGCGUUCUGGGCCCAGAGGAAAACAGGGAAUUGUGGGAGAUCCUGGAGAGAGGGGAGCUGCUGGAGAGAAGGGGAAGCCUGGGACCUCAGGACCUACUGGCAGAGCUGGCACGAUCGGACCAAAGGGCAUAAUUGGAGAUCCGGGCUUACCUGGCAGAGAGGGCGAUCCAGGAAUAGAGGCUUAUCAAGGACCACAAGGUCUUAGUGGGAAACUUGGACAAGUUGGAACAAAGGGGGAGAAAGGCACCCUGGGGCCAGCAGGAGAAAUGGGCCCCCAAGGCCGUACUGGCCCAAGAGGUUACAAGGGUUCUGCAGGAAAGCCAGGAAGACCUGGAUUUAUUGGCCCACCUGGACCCACUGGACACGUGGGUGUGCCUGGAAAACAAGGGCCCAAGGGUGACACAGGAAUCCAGGGAAUCCAAGGAGUUAAAGGUGCACAGGGAGAAAAAGGAAUUAAGGGCCCAAAAGGAAGGGUUGGAGACAGGGGGGAGCAGGGUCCCCAGGGAGGACGGGGGAAGCGCGGCCCAGCAGGCCCACCUGGACGUUCAGGUCCUGUAGGAGUCAAGGGGGUACGAGGUGAAGGAGGACCAGAUGGAUUUCAGGGGCCCCCAGGUCCACCAGGUCCGACCCUCCCUGCUCAACAUGUGAUCGAGGUUUGUAAGAAAGUGGUGCUGGAACAGAUGUCCACCUUUGCCAACUCAGUGAAGAGGACGUGUGCUGCAGUUUGUCCUCUUUAUGGGGAUGUGCCCAUGGGUGCCCCUGGUCCCCGCGGACAGAAGGGACCUCCCGGACCUCCUGGUGACCCUGGUAAUGAUGGUGUUGACGGAGAAAUGGGCCCACCGGGAUUCUAUGGAGAAGCCGGAGAACUGGGACGAAAGGGAGAAACAGGUGACAGAGGAGAGCAAGGUGAUAAAGGAGCCAAGGGUUAUGGCCUACCUGGCUACACUGGAGAUCAGGGACCAAAGGGUCAACGUGGACGUCCUGGCAGAGCUUUCAAUGGCCAGCCAGGCAAGCAGGGUGAGAGGGGACAUGUAGGCAGGCCUGGACUCAGGGGCCAUGCCGGUCUCAGAGGAUCUCCAGGUGUCUGUGUUACCUCUGGGUGUCCUCAGCUCAAUGCUACCAAUGGGACACCACCUCAGCCAGCACCACGGAGGUUGAGAAAUCGCCCAUAGAGGGAGAAAGCAUACAUGUGGACAGUGAAUUGAAUAUUGAGCUUAAAGGAGGAAAACAUGAUAGAUUGUUUUUGUUAAUAUGUGUUUAUUCAAAUAGAUUGAAAUUUUCAUGUAAAUAUGCAACUGAAUGCUGAACUGAACUUCUGGGAACAAAGAUAACACUUUAGGUGGUUUGAAGGAGAGUGCUAACAAAAUAUAUUUGUAUAAAAAGGCCAUCUUCGUUUGAUAGUUUUAUUUUAAGUUGUCUUUAAACACCUGAUCUUUAUAAUAAAAAUCCAAAAAUGGUAUUGACGUUAUUGUGUGCUUUAGGUUCACAGAUCACACUUACUGUAUAAUUAACAUGGAAUUUUAGAGUGACUGUCAUUACUAGUGCAAACACUUUCUGUAACUAUGUUUUACUUAGAAAUUUAGUCAUAACUUGGAUGUUUAAUCAUCCAGAUAUUGGUGUGUUUUCUUAAAGGUGCUCUAUGUAAGUUUUUGCUAUUGCUACGUAGCAGACAUUAGCAUUAACAGCUGUUUACGUACCUGUCUAGAUAAAAUGUUGUGAGUCCAGUAUCAGACUUCAUUUUUACCUGCCAAGAGCUGUCUCCAGUGGUGAAAAGCAAUGCCAAUGUUAACUCUUUGUUUUGCUACUAUUUCUGUCACCUCUUCAACUGACGUAGCAUGCUAACCAGUUAGCCCUGUCCCAUCCACUUUACAACAGUGAGUCACUGUAGUGUCCAGUCUGCUCCCAGUCUAACAUGACAGGAUGAAGAAGUAGCGCUAAACAUAUGAUUUGUAAAACAUACAACUUUGCUGCCUCCAAGUGGUGGUAUAAAAAAGACGGCAAUGUAUCCUGCUUCUGGGCUGUGAAGCAGUUUUCGUUUAGUGGUCAUAUUCUGCAAUGUAGUGUCACAUGAUACAUAUUUUCUCAAAAAUACUUUUUUCCAUUCACAAUCGUUACCAUUGGAGUGGCUGUAAAAACUGAAUACAUUUUACUGCAUGCCACAAAGACCAAAUGACACUUUGUUGAAUCCAUUUGGUACAAUAAAAUUUGAAAA